UAUUAGAUUAGCACUAGGACAGAAUGAAUCGUGUCAAAAACCUGCGGAGAGGGGCAAUACGCCGACGUUGUGGAAAAGGCGGCGGCAUGUAUUCAUAUCUGUGGGAGAUUCUGUUUUCUCUCGCGAGAUCUGACAACACUGCGUGAGAACGAAACAAGAUGAGGAAAAAACAAGAUGGCGUUUCGCGGAGACGUUUGUAUUGUGUUUAUAAUAGUUAUGUGUUCUUAGUCAGCGCGUACAUGUACACAUUUAUGUUGUUUAAUAGAGUAAACAUCGUUAAUAAUUGUUUGUAUCCGGAUACAUUAGUCUGAGCAUUUUUGCUGCUUCUCGUGUUAGCUUAGCUUGCUGGUUAGCUUAGCAUGUUAGCUGCUAACAAAGAGAGGCGGAAGUGAUCAAAACAUCGCUUAGUUAAGAUCAAGUACGUUUGUGAAGAAUAUCCUUUUCCUGAGCCACAGGGGUGGAGUGUCAAGAUGGCGCAAGAGGAGCCACAGCCAACCCACAUUAAAGAGGAAGACGAAGCGCCACAGAUUUCUCACAUUAAAAAGGAAGAGGAGGACCCACUGACCCCCCACUUUAUGGAGGAAAGGGACCCGCUGACCCCCUUUGUUAAAGAGGAAGAGGUGGCGCCAGAGACCCCGCACAUUAAAAAGGAAGAGGAGGACACACUGGCCUCCCACAUUAAAGAGGAAGAGGAGGAACACAGCAUCACUCAGGAGGGAGAGCAGCUUGGAUGGUUCUCAGGGACUGGUGUCCCUGUGAAGAGUGAAGAUGAUGAGGUCAAAGGUGAAAGUGAGGAGAAGAGAGAGGCGGAGCCUCCAAGCAGCAGCUCAACUCAACACAUGACAACAGAAGCUGAUGGAGACCACUGUGGAGGAUCACAAGCAGACAAGCUCUUAGCUCCACUAUCAGAUAGUGAGGACACAACGUCACACUCUCCUGACACUGAUGAUGAAGACUCUAAAGAUGAUAAGACAUGUCACACUGACAACACACACCUGACAUGCUCUCACUGCGACAAAACCUUUAAACGCCCCAGUGGUCUUAAAAUACACAUGAGAACACACACUGGAGAAAAACCCUUUUCCUGCUCAGAAUGCGGUAAAUGUUUUGCACGAAAAUAUGUGUUAAAAGAACAUGUGAAAAUACACACUGGGGGGAAACCUUGUUCUUGUUUAAUUUGCGGUAAAUAUUUUACACAAAGUCACUAUUUGAAAGUACACAUGAGAACACACACCGGAGAAAAGCCUUUUUCUUGUUCAAUCUGUGGUAAAGAUUUUAUACAAAGUCAUGAUUUGAAAGUACACACGAGAACACACACCGGAGAAAAUCUUUUUACUUGUUCAACCUGUGGUAAAGGUUUUGCACGAAGCAAUAGUUUGAAAGUACACAUGAGAAUACACGCAGAUAAAAAACCUUUUUCCUGCUCAAAAUGUGGUAAAGGUUUUGCACAAUGUAACAAUUUGAAAAUACACAUGAGAAUGCACACUGGGAAAAAACCUUUUACCUGUUCAAUCUGUGGUAAAGGUUUUUUGGAAAGUAGCUAUUUGAAAACACACAUGAGCAUACACACUGGCGGAAAACCCAAUACCUGUUUAGUCUGUGAUAAAGGUUUUGUACGACGUUACAAUUUGAAAUUACACAUGAGAACACACACUGGAGAAAAAACAUGAACCUGCUCAGUAUGUGGUGAAUGUUUUGUAGAAAAACAUUUGUUGAAAGAUCACAUGCAAAUACACACUGGGGAAAACCCUUUUUGCUGCUCAGUAUGUGGUAAGGGUGUUUGCAGGGGUUGAUAUGUUAAAAGAACACACACAGGAGAAAAACCCUUUUCCUGUUCAAUAUGUGGUAAACAUUUUGUACAAAGACCGUAUUUAAAAAUACACACCAAAAUAAAACCUUUUGUUCAAUCUGUGGUUUACACACACAUAUACGUUCAAAGUACACAUUAGAGAAAAAGUGUUGAGUUGCAGUGCGUGUGGUGAAAGAUGCUCUUCUAAGUACCAGUGUAAGAAACACGAGUGUGCUGGUGAGAACAGCAGCAGCAAAUGAAGAUGCAGGAUUUGAAAUAAACUGUCAAAUGUACUCUCUUGGCUCAUUAGCGUUCCUGUCUGUAACCCUGUACAAUGUAUGUCUGCUCUUGAACAGGUCUGUGCUGGAUAUAUCAUUCUGUUCUACUUAAGUGCAAUGACAAUAAAGUGCUAUCCCAUCCUA